AUGUCUACUGCACAAUCCACAGCUCUCGUUCCAACAGUGAAUGACUUGAAGGUCAAACUUUGCUACAUUUGUCGCGAAGAAGAAAACUACAACGAUCCGCCCGAAAACCCACCUCGUGCAUGGGCUCACCCAUGUAAAUGCACCCUCGUAGCACACGAACAGUGCCUCCUCAAAUGGAUCCAAUCCUCACAAAAAUCUGAAGUUCGCGCUUCGAAGGCUUUGAAAUGCCCGCAAUGCGAAAGCACGUACGAAUUGGAGAGUGAUAAACCGUUGAUCUUCAGGGUGAUGGAGAAGGGACAUCGCAUUUUGAGGAGGGCUGGGGCGUUCGUUGUGUUGUUUGGAUUCGCAACUGUUGCUGGAGUCAUUGGAACCAGCGUCUACGUUGUGUGCACGGCUUAUGGCGCCUGGGCUGUCCAGAAAUUCGUAGGACAAGAGAUGUACCAAAUCUGCCUGGGCGACGACCCUUCCAAAUGGCCAUGGAGCGCCUUCCUCAACCUCCCUCUCCUACCCUGGAGUCUCAUCUUGAUGCAAUUCCCAGCACUCAACCACAUCUCCCCAGGCCUUCCUCUUCUCCUCGCAUGGCCUACCACAUUCAGCAACCAGCGGAUAGCAGAGUACUGGAGCCUCCCCGAGAACGCCCAGCGCCUCCUGGUCCGACAUUUCGUCCCGACUCGGCGACCUCUCUGGCCACCCAGCCCUAUUCUCUUCGGUCUCGUCGGCAUCCCAAUCAUCCGAAGCCUCUACGAGGGCCUGCACGACAUGGUCUACACCUGGUUGAUGGGCACUCGUCCGCCAGUGUACCGCGGUGCAUUCGGUGGACGGAACGGCGCCAGAGUCAACAUCGGCAACAACGGCCAGUUCGUUAUUCGAGUUAGGGAGGAGUUCGCGCCGGCCGCUGCUCCUCAACCUGCCAAUGGCGCCGAGAACGCCAACGGCAACGACAACGCUAACGCUAACGGCCAACAAGCUAACAACGGCGAUGGAGACAACGAACCUGAAAACCUACUCGACAUCAGCAUAUCAACUAUCGGACGUAGGGUAGGAGGAGCGCUGCUUGUUCCAGUGAUUUCGAACUGGAUGGGUCAGUUGCUACUCCGGAUUGCGAAGAGUUCGCCGUUGCUCCGAACGUUCCUUGCCAUUAGGGAACCCAUUGGCAAGGUGUGGCUCCCGCCACCACAGGAUAGCAUUGGGAAUUGGAAUUCCAUGGGCACGCUCAGGCAGUUGGGUAUGGUUGCUCAGGUCGCGUGGAAGGGCCUGUUGGUGAACACGGGCACCACGCGAAGCGACCCUGUUUGGUGGAGGAAUACAGUUGGGUUGGGGCUGUUCGUCGUGGCUAGAGAUUGCGUAAAGUUGAUUCACCUCUACUAUGCGAAGAGGGAACUCGAAUCCAGGAGAGUGAAGAACCGGGAUUUCAGUGGUGUCGACAUCUCGACAUUGGACCUUACUCCCGACUUCUACGCGCGGGCCUCAGCUGCUGCCCAAAGGCUGACAUGA